CCGUGACUGAAGUAAAAGGCAGUCGAUUAUCUUUGGCAAAAAAAUAAAUAAAAAAAAGAAAAUAAGCGGUUGAUUUAUAAAUAGAAUAUGUUUCAUGCCACUGCAAGCUAGGUCACGCGUGUCGCAGAUCUACGUGUUCCACCGAUUUCAAGUAUGGUCAAUAACAAGUUAGGCGGGAUAGUUAAAUAAUUUUACUUAAUUUCUCCUUUAGUUAAUUUUACACCGGAAAGAAAAAUAAAAAAAUAUAUAUUUAAAUACCUUCACACUGGAAGCUAUCCCUUUGACCUUAAAACAUACAGUGUCAUAUUUGAUAUCAAUCCGCACACGAAAAAUCCCAAAUUACCUUUCACAGUUUCCUUUCAUUUUAAAUCUAAUUAUGUAAUUACAUUUUAUUUCAUCGCGCAACCGUGGCACAAAGCCACUUUUAUUUUUUAGUAGUACUAAAUUAACAUAGGGUCUAGUUUUCCUGCCUGGUGAGGGGAGAGGAUGUAUACGUUGUUGUUGCUAAGGUGGUUACACGGCUAUGGGCAAGAUUGCUUUUUACCCAAAAAUGAAUUGGAAUUUGCAGUAAAAUACAAUUGUAAAACUUACACGAAAGAAAUAAAACAAAAUAAGAAUCUGUAUACAUCGAUAUAGAUGUUAAAUAAAACAAAGGACGAGGUUUAUUUUUCUUAGAAAGUUUUUAUUUUUUUACAUUUUAUUGAAGUGUAACGUUAGUUCAGACAGUGGCCGUGGCGGUGAAGACAGGUCGUCGGCAUGGCUCUUCGAGGCUGGUUAAUAAACAGGCGAAAACGAAAAAGUUAAUUCAGAUGCUUUUGCGGCGAUUCGUAUCGCUUCUGGAUUUUAUAAAAAUAGAAUCGACCCGAUUGUUUUGCUUGUGGACAUUAUUAUUUCUUUAGAUGGACGUUCUCUUUCAUGGCGAAGGACUUGCUACUGCCGUGUUUGGUUUACAAUCAACAGAAAAGUCGCCGAUUGGAAUAAAAAUCAACAAAGUAAAACCUCUUUGGAAUCAUUUACCUGGAAAUAAACUCUCUGUUUUGUGAGAUGAAGCUGGAAUGGAAAGUAACUGUUGCUACUAUUUGAUGGAUUAACGCGACCCAAGAUUAUACCUUAUUCUAGCUUUAUUAUUUAACAAUGUACUGCAUAAUAUGAAAUGCAUUCCUAAUUGAAUAUUUGAAUGUAUGUUUGGGACUUCCUGGGCCUUUGCAACUAAUCUGUUUGUUGUUUUUAUUUUAGUUUGGCAGAUUACAUUCGGACAAUCAAAAGCAGGAGGCCUAUGAAUUGCAGUUGCAUGGUUGGCCAACAGUAUAGAAAAAUGAUGGUUGUUUGUUUUAAAUCUUGAAAUAUUACUUCUGAUUUGCUUGUUAAAUCAGACCCACGGUAUGUGUGGGAUAAAGUAAUCGUGCUGUAGGAUUCUCGUUGGGUACACACAAAGCAACAUCACGAAGUGUAUGAAAGAAGUACAAUAAAAAGGAACGAGGCCAGAUCAUUUGUACAUUUUUGGUAUUACAAAGCUACAGUGCGUUUUAAUUUGAAGAAAAAGGAAACUAUUAAAUAUGUCGGUAUAUUCCGAGUUCGUCCCUCCUCCGGAAUGCCCGGUGUUUGAGCCGAGUUGGGAGGAUUUUUCGGACCCUUUGGGAUUUAUCAACAAGAUCCGACCCAUCGCCGAAAAAACUGGCAUCUGCAAAAUCAGACCACCCGAGGACUGGCAGCCUCCCUUUGCCUGUGAUGUGAGGAACUUCCGUUUCAAUCCCAGAGUGCAAAGGCUGAAUGAACUGGAGGCACUGACCCGAGUGAAGCUGAACUUUCUGGAUCAGAUUGCAAAGUUCUGGGAGCUACAGGGCUCAAUGCUGAGAAUCCCUCAUGUCGAGAGAAAGAUUCUUGAUCUGUAUCUUCUUAGUAAGAUUGUGUCCAAUGAGGGUGGUUUCGAGACCGUGUGUAAGGAGAAAAGAUGGUCUAAGGUAGCCAACCGGAUGGGGUAUCCCCCAGGAAAAGGAACAGGCUCUCUUCUGCGCUCCCACUUUGAGAGGAUCCUCUUCCCCUAUGAGCUGUUCCAGUGCGGGGCCACGCUAUCGGGAAUCCACAAGCUGGCCGAAGGGGAUGAGGACAGAGAGGAGGAGGAGGAUGAGGAGGAGGACGAGGAAGAGGAAGAGGAAGACGAAGGGGGUGAGGAAAAGCAGGAGGAAGAGGCGGUGGAGGAGGAAGAAGAGGAGAAGCUGAGCGAAGGGUCUCAGUGUCCGCACAAAGACCCCAUACUUCCAGGAAACAACCCUCGCGAGCGAAGAUCGAGGCACCUGAGGUCCUCGGAGUGCGAUAACAAAGAGCUGAAGAAUCUGCAGAUAUUUGGAGCUGGACCUAAAAUUAUGGGAUUAGAAAUCGUCGCAGACGAGCAUGGAUUUAAUAAGAAGCAGCGUAACCUUAAGUCCCACGCCUUUGCUGUAAAGAUGCAGCCACGCAAGGACUCUCUGGAGGUUAACUUUAUUGACCUGUAUGUGUGCCUGGCAUGUGGUCGCGGAGACGAGGAGGACCGGCUUCUCCUGUGUGAUGGAUGUGAUGACAGCUACCACACCUUCUGCCUCAUCCCCCCUCUCCAAGACGUCCCCAAAGGGGACUGGCGCUGCCCCAAGUGUGUAGCUGAGGAGUGCAGCAAGCCGCAUGAAGCCUUUGGUUUUGAGCAGGCUGUGAGAGAGUACACACUGCAGAGCUUUGGGGAGAUGGCAGAUCACUUCAAGUCUGAUUACUUCAACAUGCCUGUACAUAUGGUGCCCACUGAAUUGGUGGAGAAGGAGUUUUGGCGCCUGGUCAGCAGUAUUGACGAGGAUGUGAUCGUAGAGUAUGGGGCUGAUAUCAGCUCCAAGGAUGUCGGAAGUGGCUUUCCUGUUCGGGAUGGCAAGAGGAAACUCCACCCAGAUGAGGAGGAGUAUGCAAACUCGGGCUGGAACCUGAAUAACAUGCCUGUGCUGGAGCAGUCGGUGCUGGCACACAUUAAUGUGGAUAUCUCUGGGAUGAAGGUGCCCUGGCUCUAUGUGGGAAUGUGCUUCUCUUCAUUCUGCUGGCACAUCGAGGAUCAUUGGAGCUACUCCAUCAACUACCUUCACUGGGGUGAGCCGAAGACUUGGUACGGGGUUCCUGCACAUGCGGCUCAGAAGUUGGAGGCGGUGAUGAAGAAGCUGGCCCCAGAGCUGUUUGAUUCUCAGCCUGAUCUCUUACACCAGCUGGUUACCAUAAUGAACCCUAAUGUCCUCAUUGAACACGGAGUGCCUGUAUUCAGGACCAAUCAGUGUGCAGGAGAGUUUGUAGUGACCUUCCCACGAGCUUAUCACAGCGGCUUUAACCAGGGCUAUAACUUUGCUGAAGCAGUCAAUUUCUGUACCGCAGACUGGCUGCCGAUCGGUCGCCAGUGUGUUUCUCAUUACCGGCGGCUCCAUCGCUACUGCGUCUUCUCACACGAGGAGCUGAUCUGCAAGAUGGUGGCAGACCCGGAGAGCCUGGACGUGGAGCUGGCUGCUACCGUCUUCAAGGAGAUGGGGGAAAUGAUAGCUGAGGAGACCCGGCUCAGAGAGGCUGUCCUACAGAUGGGUGUGCUGGCCUCGGAGCAGGAAGUGUUUGAGCUGGUCCCGGAUGAUGAGCGUCAGUGUGAGAAGUGCAAGACCACCUGCUUCCUGUCAGCCCUCACCUGCUCCUGUAACCCUGACCGGCUGGUGUGUCUACACCACGCUACAGACCUCUGCAGCUGUCCCCUGCACAACAAGUGCCUCAGGUACAGGUAUGCCCUGGAGGAGUUCCCCUCCAUGUUGUAUGGGGUGAAGUCUCGGGCUCAGUCAUAUGACACCUGGGCAAAGAGAGUAACGGAGGCAUUGGAUUCAGACCACAAAAACAAGAAAGAUCUGAUUGAGCUGAAGGUGCUGUUGGAAGAUGCAGAGGACAGGAAAUAUCCGGAGAACAAUCUGUUUCGCAAGCUGCGGGAGAUGGUGAAAGAGGCAGAGACCUGCUCCUCAGUUGCUCAGCUGCUGCUCAGUCGCAAGCAAAGGCAUAGCAGGCAGCGUCCGGAGAGCAGUAAGACUCGCAGCAAGCUGACUGUGGAGGAGUUGAAGGCCUUUGUUGACCAGCUUUUCCGCCUGCCCUGUGUCAUCAGCCAGGCUCGACUUGUGAAGGAGCUCCUGGAAAACGUGGAGGAGUUCCAUGAGCGGGCACAGGCGGCACUGGUGGACGAGACCCCUGACUCCUCCAAACUGCAGGCCCUGCUAGACAUGGGUGCCGGACUGGACGUGGAGCUGCCCCAACUGCCCCGGCUCAAGCAAGAACUGCAGCAGGCCCGCUGGCUGGACGAGGUGUGCCUGACCCUGGCUGAGCCACACCGUGUCACCCUGGAUGUCAUGAAGAGGCUCAUUGACUCGGGCGUGGGCCUGGCGCCGCACCACGCAGUCGAGAAGGCCAUGGCUGAGCUCCAGGAGAUACUCACCGUGUCUGAGCGCUGGGAGGACAAGGCCAAGACCUGCUUACAGGCCAGACCACGCCACAGCAUGGUCACCCUGGAGAGCAUUGUGAAAGAGGCAAAAAAUAUCCCAGCAUUCCUUCCCAAUGUGCUGGCUCUGAGAGAUGCGCUACAGAAAGCCAAAGACUGGACUGCAAAAGUAGAAGCCAUCCAGAAUGGAAGUAACUAUGCCUACCUGGACCAGUUGGAAAACUUGCUGGUGCGUGGCCGGCCAAUCCCAGUAAGACUGGACGCCCUGCCUCAGGUAGAGUCUCAGGUGGCCUCAGCCCGAGCCUGGCGAGAGAGGACCGGCAGGACGUUCUUGAAGAAGAACUCCAUCUACACACUCCUGCAGGUGUUGAGCCCCAGACAGGAUAUCGGGGUCUACGGGAGCAGUAAGAGCAAGCGGAAACGGGCCAAGGAGCUUCUGGAGAAGGAGAGAGACCUGGAGAUGGAGAGUCUGAGCGACCUGGAAGAGGGGACCGAGGAGGCACGUGACCCAGCCGCUGUUGUGGCCGCCUUCAAAACCAAGGAACAAAAAGAAACUGAAGCCAUGCACUCCCUGCGUGCGGCCAACCUGGCAAAAAUGGCGAUGGCGGACCGCAUUGAGGAAGUCAAGUUCUGCCUGUGCCGGAAAACAGCCAGCGGUUUCAUGUUGCAGUGUGAGCUGUGCAAGGACUGGUUCCAUAGCACCUGCGUGCCCUUACCUAAGACCGGUUCCCAGAAGAAGGGUCUGGGCUGGCAGAGUAAAGAGGUUAAGUUCCUGUGUCCGCUGUGUCAGCGCUCACGCCGGCCUAGGCUGGAGACCAUCCUCUCACUGCUGGUCUCCCUACAGAAGCUGCCGGUCAGGCUCCCAGAGGGAGAGGCCCUGCAGUGCCUGACCGAGAGAGCCAUGGGCUGGCAGGACCGUGCAAGACAGGCCCUGGCCACGGAGGAGCUGUCCUCGGCCCUGGCUAAACUCUCUGUGCUCAGCCAGCGCAUGGUGGAGCAGGCGGCCAGGGAGAAGACAGAGAAGAUCAUCAACGCAGAGCUGCAGAAAGCAGCAGCCAACCCUGAUCUGCAGGGACACCUGCAUACGUUCCAGCAGUCUGGCUUCAGUCGGGUCAUGGGAGGAGUUGCCACGUCUCCGAGGCAGUCUGUGGAUUACGAUGACGAGGAGACAGAUUCGGACGAAGACAUCCGCGAGACAUACAGAUACGACAUGAAGCUUACCUUUCAGGACGCAGCAAGUGUGAAGUCUUUUGGCAGCCUUGAACCAAACCUGUUCUGUGACGAGGAAAUCCCCAUCAAGUCAGAAGAGGUCGUGACUCACAUGUGGCCGGCGACACCCUCCUUCUGUGCUGAACACGCCUACUCCUCAGCCUCCAAAUCCACCACUCAAAGUGCGAGCACUCCUCGGAAGCAGUCCCGGAAGACUCCCCUGGUCCCACGCAGCCUGGAGCCCCCUGUCCUCCAGCUGUCCCCCUGCGCCAAGGCCCAGCUGGAGGAGCUGAUGAUGGCGGGAGACCUCCUGGAGGUGUCUCUGGACGAGACGCAGCACAUCUGGAGGAUCCUACAGGCCACUCACCCUCCUUCAGAGGAGAGGGUCCUGCAGGUCAUGGAGGAUGAAGGGCUGGUGGAAAAACCCAUGAAGCUGAAGGUGAAGGACUCCUCGGAAAAGGACUCCUCGGAAAAGAAGCGUAAGCGCAAGCUGGAGAAAGCGGAGCAGCUGCUACUGGCAGCCGGUGAAGGACGGCCCAAGUCCAAGGAGCUGAAGAAGGCAGAGGGCAAGCCCAAGAAGAAGAAACUGAAACUCAACCCGGAGAAGUCCAAAGAACUCAAACAGCUGGCCAAGCGGCUGGCCAAGGAGGAGAAAGAGAAGAAGAGGAAGGAGAAAGCAGCAGCAAAGGCUGAGGUGUCCAAAGAGAUAAUCGAUAAGAAGAAAGAGAAGAAGGUGCUCGACAUCCCCUCCAAGUACGACUGGUCUGGGGCCGAGGACUCGGAUGACGAGAACGCGGUGUGCGCUGCAAAGAGCUGCCAGCGACCCUGCAAGGACAAGGUAGAUUGGGUGCAGUGUGACGGAGGCUGUGACGAGUGGUUUCACCAGGUCUGUGUAGGAGUCACGUGUGAAAUGGCCGAGAACGAGGACUAUAUCUGCACAGCUUGCUCUCGGAAAGCUGCACUGGGAAGGGGGGUGUCAGAGGAGAGCCUAGGACUGGCACUACCUGUAUGCACUCGGAGCCUACCUUCCCCCUCACUGGAACUGCAAGCGAGCAGCUAGCAGGGCCGCCUCGGCUGUUUGUUUUGUUUUUUCUUUUGUUUUUUUGUUUUUUUCCACAUAACGGGAACAAACAUUUGUUUCAAACGGAUACAGGCAACUUGAUGAGCACAGUUGCCAGCUUGCCAUGCUACUGCCUUUGGCAUCUCCUGACUGGUUGGUCUGUUGGGGAGAGUGCUCCUGUUGAGUAGACCUUAGAAGUGGUGCUUUGACUCUUCUGUUCUACAGAGCUAGGCAUAACUGGUUAGGUUGUAAAAGAGUGAUACACUAAAGCAUUGCCCUAAGUAGUGUACACCAACCAAAUAGCUAUGUUGUCUGAUGCUUGUGGCUUCACAGUGGUUUGCAAUGGCACAGCUUUGGUGGGUAGGCGGGUUCCUUUCUCAGGCCUAUUCAAAAAAAAUGAUUUGGUUAAAAAAUUAAAUAAACUCCGGGGGUGGGCACUAACACAGCCACUCACAGGGAAGAUGGGUGUGUCAGCAGUUUAACAUACCUGGAAUAAAAUAAAUAAAUAAAUAAAAACAGCACUGUGGUGUUUUAUCUUGUAUUACUACAGGGUAGGUUACGAAAUCUCUGAGGUGCUGCCUUUCAGGAGGCUUUCAAAUAAAUUCUUAGUUUUUUCAUUAGAUGGUGACAACUUGAGAAAAUACUAUUUGGGACUCCAGAAAGCAGAUGACUGUGUAAGAAGCAGCUUUUGACAGCGAGGGCAGUUUUUACUGCCUACUGAGAGGUGUUCUGUUGUCUCUUUGGGUUUUGGGAGGGGGAAAUGUUAUGUCUAUAAAUAAAUUAGUUCUGUCAUGUAAAUGUGCAGUUUUGUUUAGCACUGAAACUGUGCCUCCUGUAUUCAAUAUUAAGGUCAACAUCCCCUUUCUAAUAAGACCGACAUACUGAAAACAACAAAUCAUGGAUGCAAUGCAGUGUAACUGGUGUAAACAUUUCCUUUAGAAGAAAAAUCAGUAUCAUCCAAGUACGUUUCUUUGACAGAACUAUGUCCCUUCAGUAGUAAGGCCACAUUAUGUCGGUCCCUUGGCUGGCCUUAAUAGCAAUUUUUCUUUGUAUAUUUUUUGUCUUUUAUGAUUUUUUUUUUUGAAAUUGAGUUCUAGCUUUAUUCCUUGAGCUAUCAGUUGGCUUCCUUUUACACCCCAAAGCUCAAUAGGUACGUGAAUGAAAUAAUCACAGCACAGUAUCAAUGUUCAGUAUUUGUUUUAUAUAACAAGUACAGUGUUUGGAAAACACAUUUUAAAUCUAUAUUUAACAGCUGAUAUCAGAAUUACUUUCCUUAUCUCAAGCACCGCAUCUGUUUAGCAGCGCAGCACAAUUUGAAACCAUGUGAUUCUACCGGUCAUUGUAUUUAAAUCCAUUCUAAAAUUAGAUCCUUUUUGGCAAUGAGCCAAUUUGUUAAUGUUUUAAAAACUAAUUUUAAACUUAAACUAAAAUAGUGGGCUUGUUAGCACUCAUUACACAAUAGUUUGUGAGUUCCGCUUUCAUCCAUUGACUACAAUAAAAACAGUGUACAAUUCAGUGAAGCAGCAUAUUUAAAUAAACCUUCUGACCUAGUCUUUCAAAACAGGAUUGUUUAGUCCGGUCUUCAACCCUAUAAACUAAGCCACACAGCCUCCGUUGUCUACGGUCAAUUAAAAUGUUUUCAGCUCUGUAGACUGUUAAGUUUGUGCGUUGAGAAAUGUGCACGUGACUGCAUAGUUCCCCAGUAGUGUACAAAGGGCUGCCUUUGGCUCUCACUUUCUCAUAGAGAAUGCAUGACGUAUAGGGCUUUCAUUGCAAAUGUACAGACAGUAAUAUUGUGCAAACUAUGUUAUAAGAGGGUUGAGAGUGUUGCAUUGUCUUUUGACCUUACGCAACUGAAAUAACUGCGUUUUUGUACUACAAAUCUGUUUUGUUAAAAUUAAGCUGAUUUCUGUGUUUUGUAAAUAUGUGUUUUUUUUUUUUUUGUAGGCUUACCAAAAUAACCAUCGGAACAGUCAGUGCAGAAUAGACCUUUUCGCUGCAGUCUAUUCAAUCAGUGUGUCUGCUUUGUAAUUUCUUUUCAGUAGCAGAAGUCCUAUGUAUUCUAGUAUUUUUUUUGUCCUCAAACCCCACCGUUAAAAGGGUCAAACAAGGAGUAGACGCAGGGAUAGUAGGGGGGCUAGUUUUAAUGAUUUAAGUGACAUUAGAUUUAAAUACUGCGUCUCUUGAACUGUCUCCCACUGCCCUCCCAAGUGAUGAUUUACUGGAGCCCUGUUUAGAUCAUUUAAAAAGACUUCCCGCCCUCCCCUGGUGUGAUAAACCAAAUGUGCAUGUAUGUGGUGCAGAACAACUGUCACACUUGCUAUUAAAGAAGCAAACUUGUAUCUUUAUUUGAUGUGCUUUAUCGUCCUGGAACCCUGCUUCUGCCUGAAGAAGUUGUAUUUUUUUUUGUACUGUAUGCUUUGACGUGUAAAAGAGACUACAAACCAAAAUAGGAAUUCCCUAGCACUGUUAACCUGUCCUUGUGGAGCAAGGAAAUGGCAGUACCUAAAAAAAUAACAUGUACAGACUGCAAACCAAUUUCAUCAUCAUUACCUCUCUGCCCCUAAAGGUUUACAGAAGUAAAGGACAAAACAAACUCUC